UUUAGGUAGAUUAAAAGAUGAAGAAAUGCGGUGUCGGAAAUACUUGCAUCCCAGCUCAUAUGGCAAAGUGAUUCAUGAAUGCCAACAGAGAAUGGUAGCUGAUCACUUGCAGUUUCUACAUGCGGAGUGUCACAAUAUUAUCAGACAAGAGAAAAGAAGUGACAUGGCAAAUAUGUAUACUCUACUUCGUGCUGUGUCAAGUGGUUUACCUCAUAUGAUUCAGGAACUACAAAACCAUAUCCAUGAUGAGGGCCUUAGAGCAACCAGCAAUCUUUCUCAGGAAAAUAUGCCAACUCAGUUUGUGGAAUCAGUUUUGGAAGUACAUAGUAAAUUUGUUCAACUCAUCAACACUGUUUUGAAUGGUGAUCAACACUUUAUGAGUGCCCUUGACAAGGCUUUGACAUCAGUAGUUAACUAUAGGGAGCCCAAGUCGAUCUGCAAAGCACCUGAGUUGCUGGCCAAGUACUGUGACAACUUGUUGAAGAAAUCAGCAAAAGGCAUGACAGAGAAUGAAGUAGAAGACAAACUUACAAGUUUCAUUACUGUUUUCAAAUACAUUGAUGACAAAGAUGUAUUCCAAAAGUUCUAUGCCAGAAUGUUGGCAAAAAGAUUAAUUCAUGGUUUGUCUAUGUCUAUGGAUUCUGAAGAAGCCAUGAUUAAUAAACUAAAGCAAGCCUGUGGUUAUGAAUUUACCAGCAAGCUCCAUCGAAUGUAUACAGACAUGAGUGUUAGUGCUGAUCUCAACAAUAAAUUCAACAACUUUAUCAAAAACCAGGACACGAUUAUAGAUUUGGGAAUUAGUUUUCAGAUAUAUGUUCUACAGGCUGGUGCAUGGCCUCUGACUCAGGCUCCUUCUUCUACAUUUGCAAUUCCUCAGGAACUGGAAAAAAGUGUACAGAUGUUUGAAUUAUUUUACAGUCAGCAUUUUAGUGGAAGGAAGCUUACUUGGUUACAUUAUCUUUGUACAGGUGAAGUAAAAAUGAAUUAUUUGUGCAAACCUUAUGUAGCCAUGGUUACAACGUACCAAAUGGCAGUGUUGCUUGCCUUCAACAACAGCGAAACUGUUGGUUACAAGGAGCUUCAGGAUAGUACACAAAUGAAUGAGAAGGAACUGACAAAAACCAUCAAGUCCUUACUUGAUGUCAAAAUGAUCAACCAUGACUCAGACAAGGAAGAGAUAGAGGCAGAGUCUACGUUUUCAUUAAAUAUGAACUUCAGCAGUAAACGAACAAAAUUUAAAAUUACUACAUCAAUGCAGAAAGAUACACCACAGGAGAUGGAGCAGACCAGAAGUGCUGUAGAUGAAGACAGGAAAAUGUAUCUUCAAGCUGCUAUAGUCCGUAUCAUGAAAGCGCGUAAAGUGUUGCGACAUAAUGCUCUUAUUCAGGAG